GGGGCGUGGUCUCGGUGCUGACCCCGCCCUUGACCCCGCCCAGGUAACGUGACGAUGUGGCGGGAGGUGCGGGGGUGUGUCCGGGACGGGAGCUGCACCCAGGAGUGGCGGGGGGACGACGCGGCCUCGCUGAGCGGCUCCUGCUGCGCCGGCGACCUCUGCAACCGCCACCCCUUGUCCAACAAGACCCUCUUCGACCCCGACCCUGCCCCGCCUCGAGCUCCUCCCCCACGGCCACGCCCCCACGGCCACGCCAAGAGUGGCCGACAACGCCACCCACCGGGCCGCCCCCGGCACACGGAACGACACCGUGCCAACCGCCGAGGGUCGGCGCUGGCAGUGCCGUGGGCGCCGGUGACGGGCGCGGCCACCGGUCACCCAGAUGUGGCUGCGCUUGACCCCAGCGUGGCCAGCGGGGGCAGGAGGGCCACCGGUGACGGGUGACAAGAGGGCCGCUGGUGGCAGGAUGGCUGCCGGGGGCGGGGACAAGAUGGCCGCCGAG